AUGGCCACCAACGCCCCCUCAGCCGUUGGCCAGGAGAAGAUCAACACCGACAUUGUUACGCUCACGAGAUUCUUGACGGAAGAGCAAACCAACUAUCCAGAGGCCUCUGGUGAUUUCACAUUGUUGUGCCAUGCAUUGCAAUUUUCCUUCAAGUCCAUUGCAUACUACAUCCGCCGUGCCACCCUGAUCAACCUCACAGGUCUCGCCGGGUCGUCCAACACCACCGGCGAUGAUCAGAAGAAACUAGACGUGAUUGGAAACGACAUCUUCAUUUCCGCCAUGAGAGGCUCCGGCAAGGUCCGCCUCCUGGUGUCCGAAGAGGAAGAGGAAGCCAUCAUCUUUGACGAGCACCCUGACGCACGAUACGCCGUGGUCUGCGAUCCCAUUGACGGCUCGUCCAACCUGGACGCCGGUGUCUCUGUCGGCACGAUUUUCGGCAUCUUCCGCCUGCCUGACCAAGUGCUCGGAGCCAACAAGACCGUUUCGGCCAAGGACAUCUUGCGCUCGGGCACGGAACUUGUUGCCUCGGGUUUCACCAUGUACGGCGCCUCUGCCCAGCUGGUCAUCACGAUGCGUGGAGGCUCUGUAAAUGGGUUCACCAUGGAGAACUCGCUCGGUGAGUUCAUCCUGACUCACCCGAAGAUGCAAAUGCCGACCAAGCGCUCCAUCUACUCGGUCAACGAGGGCAACAGCAUGUACUGGGAUGAAUGGGUCAACGACUACUUCAACUCCCUCAAAUUCCCUGGCGAGGGUGGCAAGCCAUACAGCGCUCGAUACAUUGGUAGCAUGGUGGCUGACGCCUACCGUACCCUCCUCUACGGCGGCAUCUUCGCCUACCCGGCCGACAAGAAGAGUCCCAAGGGUAAGCUCCGUAUUUUGUACGAAUGCGCUCCAAUGGCCAUGAUUUUCGAGAAUGCUGGCGGUCUUGCCGUCAACUCCCACGCCGAGCGUCUCUUGUCUGUUGUCCCCGAGCAUAUCCACGACCGCAGCGGUGUUUUCCUUGGCUCCAAAGACGAGGUGCAAAAGGCCAUUGAUAUCUACCACAAACACCAUUCGAAAUAG